GUACGUCCAUCAUGUGAGUUGAUCCGAACACAUGACCCGACCCGACCCGACCCGACCCGACAAUAGUAACCCAUCAAUUUUUCGCCCCGACGAAUAUUCAUCCAGCUCGCGCUUUUCAACGCAGACUUUCCUCCUUUUCCCUCCAUAUAUAAAUCUCUACACCAAAAACACACACAAUUUUCACACAGAUAUACAGACGAAAUCCCGAAAAUCGGCGAUCAAUGGCUCGGCAAGCAACGAAGCUGAUCGGAAAUCUGUCAACAAAAUUGAGCUCCGGCAGCAACCAGUACAGAUUUUUUGGAUCGGCACCACCUCCGCCGGCGGUGUUCGUUGAUAAGAAUACACGUGUUAUUUGUCAAGGCAUUACGGGGAAGAACGGGACGUUUCAUACUGAACAAGCCAUUGAAUAUGGCACCAAAAUGGUUGGUGGAGUGACACCCAAGAAGGGUGGAACAGAACACUUGGGUCUUCCUGUUUUCAAUACUGUUGCAGAGGCAAAAGAAGAGACGAAAGCUAAUGCUUCGGUGAUCUACGUACCUCCUCCUUUUGCUGCAGCUGCAAUUAUGGAAGGAUUGGAGGCUGAAUUGGACUUAAUUGUUUGCAUCACAGAGGGAAUUCCUCAGCAUGAUAUGGUUCGUGUAAAAGCUGCUCUUAAGAAGCAAUCGAGAACUCGGCUGAUCGGUCCGAAUUGUCCAGGAAUUAUAAAACCAGGAGAGUGCAAAAUUGGUAUUAUGCCAGGAUACAUUCACAAACCAGGACGUAUCGGAAUUGUUUCUCGAUCAGGCACACUGACAUACGAAGCG